AUGGCCAGCGAGCAGCUCCGAAACAACGUGAUCGUGUACAGUGCAGCCAUUACGGCCUGCACUCGAGGGGAGCAGUGGCCAGAUGCCGUCGCCAUCUUCGACAGGAUGCAGAGCCGACAGGUGGACAGCGACCUGGUUGCCUGCAAUGCGGCCAUGGCAGCUUUCGGGGCUGGUGGUCGGUGGCUGCGGUCCUUGCUGAUGCUGCCCCCGGUGGGGAGCAGCCACAGCUUCGGCACCGCCAUCAGUGCAUGCCAAGAGGCAGCGCAGUGGGAGGCGGCUCUCCAGAUGCUGCCUUCGUCUGAGACGCGGGUCGAGACGAACGCGUUCAUGUACAGUGCGGCCAUCAGCUCUUGCGCCAAAGGCAGCGCUUGGCAAGUGGCGAUCUGGCUGCUCUCAGCGAUGCAGCUUUCGAGGCUGGAGAGCAGCCUUAUAGCUCACAACGCGGCCAUUGCUGCAUGUGAGCAUGACGGCGGCCAGUGGCAGCGUGCUCUGUUUUUCCUGGAUAGCCUCCAACAUGAGCAGCUGCGGAGCAACAUCAUCACCUAUGCUUCCGCUAUCAAUGCGUGUGGCAAAUGCGGGCAAUGGCAAAUGGCAUUGCAAUUGUUCACAGACCUGGCGCUGCUCCGAAUUUCUCCGAACAUCUUCGCCUAUGGCGCGGUUCUGGCCGCAUUUUCCGAAGCUGCCGAGUGGAGCAAAGCCCUUGCCCUGCUGGGACACUUAAAUGCUGAGACUCUGCAGAUGAAUUCGGUCGCCUACAACGCGGCCAUGUGUGCAUGCGAAAGAGCUGGGAUGUGGGAAGUGUGCCUCAGCCUCUUCGAGGAGAUGGAUGUGAGGUGCCUGGCACCAGACCAGUUUACCGGGAGCACCGUCGCGCCUGCAUUGGCUGCGUUGGGAAGGAAAGCAGAUGGAUAUAAGAAGGUACAGGUCAAUGCAGCCAUCUCUGCGUGUCGUGAGUCUCGCUGGGGGCUGCUGGACCGCAGCCAGAGCGACCUCAAAGUCAGUUCAGUGACCAAUCGCAUUCCGGUGCCGGGCCCAGAGUUCCGGCUUUGCGAGUGCAUUCAGUUCUUUACCAUUUGGUGUCAACAGCUCGGAGCACAGCUGAGAGCCGUCUUGCACAGAGCCGCUUGUUUGAUCGCAAUGCUCGCGCCAGCAUUCGUCGCAACGGCCCCGACUCCGGUCGCCCGCCUGCCAGCACAGAGCUUGGUGGAAUCCACAAAGCAAUCUGCGCAUGGCAGCGUGCAGCUGGGAGCAACCCAGACUACCUUGGCCGGAAUCGCUGGGAUCGCCGGGAUUGCCGGCCUCGCCCAGCAGCGCAACACAAGAAAGGCCAAGUUGACGGCUCGCCGGUUCUCCAUCCAGAUGCCUCAGAUGCCCUUCAUGGCACCGCCCGACAAGAAGACAGUCAUCAUCACCGGGGCCUCUUCGGGUUUGGGCCUGGCUGCAGCAAAAGAGUUGGCGGCAACGGGAGACUGGUAUGUCAUUAUGGCCUGCCGGGAUUUCCAAAAGGCAGAGAAGGCGGCGAAGGAAGCGGGUAUGUUCGAAGACUCCUACGAGGUUCUCCACUGCGACCUGGCCUCCAACCGCAGUGUUCGCCACUUUGUGGAUGCAUUCCACGCUUUGGGCAGGCCUUUGGAUGCGUUGGUGUGCAAUGCGGCCGUGUAUUUCCCCAACGCGCACAAGCCCGGCAUCUUCCUCCCAGGGCUCUUCGCAGGAGAGGGGCCUCGCUACUCUGCCGAUGGCCACGAGCUCAGCUUCGCGGCAAACUACUUGGGCCAUUUCCUGCUCUGCAAGCUCCUCCUGGAGGACCUGAAGCGCAGCACGGUGAAGCCCGCACGUUGCAUCAUCCUUGGGACGGUCACGGCCACUGUGAACGGUGCGGAGUUGGGAGGCAUGAUUCCCCCGAUUGCACACGUGGGGAACUUCGAGGGUCUGGAAAAGGGCAUGAAGGCGCCGGUGUCCAUGCUUGAUGCCCAUGAGUUCAAUGGCGCGAAGGCGUAUAAGGACAGCAAGGUCUGUGAUGUGAUGCUUAUGAAGGAGUUGCACCGCCGAUAUCACAACGAAACCGGCAUUGUCUUUACCUCCCUCUAUCCGGGAUGCAUCGCGGAGACGGGGCUCUUCCGUGAACACUACCCACUCUUCCAGCACCUCUUCCCUGCCUUCCACAAAUCUGUCACCAAGGCCUAUGUCAGCCAAGAGGAAGCCGGCAAGCGCCUUGCAGCAUGUGUGUCAGACGAGAGGUACGCCACUUCCGGCUCCUACUACAGCUGGGGAGGUGAGGCAGGGACGGGAGGAAGCGGAGGCAAGGACGCGGUGGAGAACAAGGACAAGGAACUGGAUUGGUUCAUGAACUAUGGCAGCUUCCGCACGCUCUCCAUCGAUGAGAUCGGUGGAGAGGCUGCUGAUGACGCACGCUGCCGCAAGUUGUGGGAUCUUAGUGAAAGGCUCGUGCAGGCUAGCUAG